UCCAACAGCAGAAACAGAACUUUCCUCUGUCCAGCUGCGUGUCCUUGAAGAGUAACCAGUCAAAGGGUCGACCUGUUGACUUCAAACAUGGACAUAAGUCUGAUGAUCAAAAGAGGAUCAAACAGCAGCAAGACUCUCGUGUAUCCAGCUGUGUGUCCAUGAAGAGUGACCGGUCAAAGGGUCGACCUGUUGACUUCAAGAGUGGACAGCAAUCUGUUGAUCCAGGGGUCUUUCUACAGAGACCAGAUCCCUCUGAAAUCAGCUGUGUGUCCAUGAAGAGUGACCGGUCAAAGGGUCGACCUGUUGACUUCAAGAGUCAAAGCGUUCAGCAACAGAGCUUCGAGGUUUCCAGUGGUCAGUCUGCCCAGCAGCAUCAAACUCACCUGGACUCCAUAUUCAUGCUGCUUGAAGAGAACAUUGUCAGUUUUGUGAAGAAUGAACUGAAUAAAUUCCAGAAGGUUCUGAAUCCAGAUUACCCAGAAUACUCCGAGAUUCAGAGUGAGAAUAAGGAGGUGUUGGAUGGUGGUGAUGAAGAGCAGAGGAGGAGCAGCAGGGAGGCGUUUCUGAAGAUCACACUGCACUUUCUUAGGAGAAUGAAACAGGAGGAGCUGGCUGACUGUCUGCAGAGAAGAACUGGUGCUGCAGCUCUCUUAUGCCAAAAGAAAUUUAAAUCUAACCUGCAGAAGAAGUUCCAGUGUGUGUUUGAGGGGAUCGCUAAAGCAGGAAACCCAACCCUUCUGAAUCAGAUCUACACAGAGCUCUACAUCACAGAGGGAGGGACUGCAGAGGUCAAUGAUGAACAUGAGGUCAGACAGAUUGAAACAGCAUCCAGGAAACCAGACAGACCAGAAACAACCAUCAGACAAGAAGACAUCUUUAAAGCCUCACCUGGAAGAGAUGAACCAAUCAGAACAGUGAUGACAAAGGGAGUGGCUGGCAUUGGGAAAACAGUCUUAACACAGAAGUUCACUCUGGACUGGGCUGAAGACAAAGCCAACCAGGACAUACAGUUCACAUUUCCAUUCACUUUCAGAGAGCUGAAUGUGCUGAAAGAGAAAAAGUACAGCUUGGUGGAACUUGUUCAUCACUUCUUUACUGAAACCAAAGAAGCAGGAAUCUGCAGGUUUGAAGAGUUCCAGGUUGUGUUCAUCUUUGACGGUCUGGAUGAGUGUCGACUUCCUCUGGACUUCCACAACAAUGAGAUCCUGACUGAUGUUACAGAGUCCACCUCAGUGGAUGUGCUGCUGACAAACCUCAUCAGGGGGAAACUGCUUCCCUCUGCUCGCCUCUGGAUAACCACACGACCUGCAGCAGCCAAUCAGAUCCCUCCUGACUGUGUUGACAUGGUGACAGAGGUCAGAGGGUUCACUGACCCACAGAAGGAGGAGUACUUCAGGAAGAGAUUCAGAGAUGAGGAGCAGGCCAGCAGAAUCAUCUCCCACAUCAAGACAUCACGAAGCCUCCACAUCAUGUGCCACAUCCCAGUCUUCUGCUGGAUCACUGCUACAGUUCUGGAGGAUGUGAUGAAGACCAGAGAGGAAGGAGAGCUGCCCAAGACCCUGACUGAGAUGUACAUCCACUUCCUGGUGGUUCAGUCCAAACUGAAGAAUGUCAAGUAUCAUGGAGGAGCUGAGACAGAUCAUCAGUGGAGUCCAGAGAGCAGAGAGAUGAUUGAGUCUCUGGGAAAACUGGCUUUUGAUCAGCUAAAGAAAGGCAACCUGAUCUUCUAUGAAUCAGACCUGACAGAGUGUGGCAUCGAUAUCAGAGCAGCCUCAGUGUACUCAGGAGUAUUCACACAGAUCUUUAAAGAGGAGAGAGGACUGUACCAGGACAAGGUGUUCUGCUUCAUCCAUCUGAGUGUUCACGAGUUUCUGGCUGCUCUUCAUGUCCAUCUGACCUUCAUCAACUCUGGAGUCACCCUGAUGGCAGAAGAACCAACAGGCACCACCCGGCUGCCUAAAGUCUUCAGAGACAAACCUAAACCAACAUAUCUCCACCAGAGUGCUGUGGACAAGGCCUUACAGAGUCCAAAUGGACACCUGGACUUGUUCCUCCGCUUCCUCCUGGGUCUGUCUCUGGAGACCAAUCAGAAACACCUACGAGGUCUGCUGACACAGAAAGGAAGUGGCUCAGACACCAAUCACAAAACAGUCAAGUACAUCACAAAGAAGAUUGGUGAGAAUCUGUCUGCAGAGAGAAGCAUCAACCUGUUCCACUGUCUGAAUGAACUUAAUGAUCGUUCUCUAGUGGAGGAGAUCCAGCGGUACCUGAGUUCAGGAAGUCUCUCCAGAGAUAAACUCUCAUCUGCUCAGUGGUCAGCUCUGGUCUUCAUCUUACUGUCAUCAGAAAAAGAUCUGGACGUGUUUGACCUGAGUUCAGAGGAGGCUCUUCUGAGGCUGCUGCCAGUGGUCAAAGCCUCCAACAAAGCUCUGCUGAGUGGCUGUAACCUCUCAGAGAGAAGCUGUGAAGCUCUGUCCUCAGUUCUCAGCUCCCAGCUGUCCUCAGUUCUCAGCUCCCAGUCCUCCAGUCUGAGACACCUGGACCUGAGUAACAACGACCUGCAGGAGUCCAGGUUGAACCUGUUGUCUGCUGGACUGAAGAGUCCACACUGUACCCUGGAGACACUUAGGCUGGGUGUAUGUAAACUGUCAUGGCGAAGCUGUGAGGCUCUGUCCUCAGUUCUCAGCUCCCAGCCCUCCAGUCUUAGAGACCUGGACCUGAGAAACAACGACCUCCAGGAUUCAGGAGUGAAGCUGCUGUCUGCUGGAUUGGAUAGUCCACACUGUACACUGGAAAUGUUCGGUCUGUCAGGAUGUAUGGUCUCAGAGGAAGGCUGUGUUGCUCUGGCCUCAGCUCUGAAGUCCAACCCCUCCCAUCUGAGAGAGCUGGACCUGAGCUACAAUCAUCCAGGAGACUCAGGAGUGAAGCUGCUGACGGCUGGACUGGAGGAUCCACUCUGGAGACUGGACACUCUCAGGCUGGACCAUGCUGGGAAACAGAGGUUAAAACCUGGUCUGAGAAAGUAUGCCUGUGAACUUAGAGUGGACAAAAACACCACUCACAAAAAGCUCAAACUGUCUGAAGACAACAGGAAGGUGACCCUGGUGGGAGAGAAAGAACAGCCUUAUCCCAGUCAUGCAGACAGAUUUGACGGCUGCUGUCAGCUGCUGUGUAUAAAUGGUCUGACUGGUCGCUGUUACUGGGAAGUGGAGUGGAGAGGAGAGGUUGAUGUAGCAGUGACGUACAGAGGAAUCAGAAGGACAGGAAACAUUGCUGACUGCAGGUUUGGAAGAAACAAUCAGUCGUGGACUCUGAGCUGCUGGGAUGGUGGUUACUCCGUCUGGCACAGUAACAGAGAAACAGUCCUCCGUCUCUCCUCGUCCUCCUCCUCUGUCUCUGGUAGAGUAGCAGUGUAUGUGGACUGUCCUGCUGGGACUCUGUCCUUCUACAGGGUCUCCUCUGACACACUGAUCCACCUCCACACCUUCAACACCACAUUCACUGAACCUCUUUAUCCUGGGUUUGGCUUUGGGUUUGGCUUUGGGGUAGAGUCCUUGAUGCUGUCACUGGACUCCUCAGUUUCUCUGUGUCCACUGUAGGAGGACAAGUCUAUC